UGAACACACGGGGAACAACCUUUUAGGAAUUAUCAUCAUUAUCAUCAGCAUUAUCAGCAAUGUUUGAUGAAGAGCUUUUGAGAGGCUCACUCUGUGUGUGUAUGUGUGUGUGUGUGUUCAACAGGAUGUUCAACUGGGUGGUGAAAGUGGUCCCCCAACCCCCUGAAGCUCCUGGAACAGAUGAAGCUGCUAAGACACCUGACCACCCCAAAACCAGAGAGGUGAAGAGUCCUCCAUUGAAAAACGCAGAUGAGGAAGACAGCCAGGCCCAGACUGGAGUUUUAGGUUGGCUGUCCAAUGGCUUUGUCAGUGCCCUCCCUCAACCUUCUGGCUCCCCUCGACCCAACAGGGCCAACUCUGACGCCGGGUCAGGAGAGGAUGGAGAAAGGUCUGGAAUGAUAGGCUGGGUCACUCAGGGCCUGACCAAGGUGCUGCCUCAGCCUGAUGAGAAGUACAAAGAGACUAAAGAUGACGAAGAAGAAUGCACUGUGGUAUAUGAAGUAGCAACAAUGCCAGAUUUUGAUCCCCUUCCACACAUCCCAGUGGUGGAGAUGGUGUCAGAUGAUGAGGUGUCUGAGGUAGAGAGUCUGACUCAUCAAUUUCCUCCCAACAUGGUGAGCUGGAUAAAGCAGAUGGUCCCUCAGCCUGUUAUGCUGCCCCCUGGUGCCGCACUUGCAGAAUCAUCAACCAAGUCCUCUCGCUCUUCUCUGGACAAAACUUCAUCCAAACUUAAACCUGACAUGGUUCUAGAAGAUGUGGAGUCGGACAACGAGGGCCAGCAGAAAUGUGACGAUCAGUGCAAAGCCGUACCACCAUCCACAUCGCUGACUCCAUCGUCACAGAUAGCAAACCAACAGCAAGAAACAACACAGCAGACACAGUCCAAUUCACUGCUGUCUCAGAAGUGCAGUGACACCAAACCACAACCAGAACCAUCAGAGAGUGGCACAAAAACAUCUCAUGAAGAUGCUGAGACCCAGACGGGCCGCUGGACGCCCUUUAUUGAAAGCAUCAAGAGGGAGGCCGAAGAUGUAGCUUUGGCUACCAUGGAGGAACGUCUGCUGCAGGAACGUGUGGAGAUGGCACGCGUGGCUGAAGAGGUGGCCAGGCAGACAGCUGAGAUGGCUAUUAGACAAAUGGCUAGUGAGGGUCAGUCCAUUAAACUCUCACUGGGGAGUCAAGAACUGCUGGAGGAGCCUGAAGCUGAGCUGUCAGUGCCACAAGAAGAGGAAAACGAAGUGGACCACACUAAAGUUUCAAAAGAGGAACAGAGCCUUGCUGAGGAAGAACAGAACGAAGAGACUGAGGAACGUUUCGCAGAGGAACCCGAACCAAAGGAGGAAGCAGAGCCACGAGCCUCCCCCUCUCCACCUCCAAGUUCUGAACAAGUUAAGGCUUCUGAGCUGGAACCAGAGCCAGAGCCAGAACCUGAACCAAAGCCAGAUCCAGAUCCAGAUCCAGAGCCAGAGCCAGAGCCAGGUCCAGACACCCAGCAAGCCAAUGCAAAAGCAGAGACUAUAACCCAGCAGCCACAAAAAACAGAGAAAGACAGUCAAAGCAACAACACUGAGAAAGCAACUGAAAAGGAGGAGGAAGGUGCUGGGGAUGGCUGUGGGGCUCCAGUCAGCUGUGAUGCAUUUAAGAGCUGCCUGAUGCACAUUCCUCACACCUCCGAGUGCCUCGGCAACAUCAACGCGUUCUUCAAAGAGAACGGCAUCUCCCCUCCCAAAAUACCCUCAAUACCUAAGCUACCUACCCGGUUCUCUGACGUCACCAAUUGCCCAAAAGCUCAGAGGGUUCAGUUGGCCCCAGUUUUUCCAGUCUUUCCCAGAGCUUUUCAAACAUCCCUCAGAAGCUCUCUCAGUUUCCCAGCCGAACGCAGCAGUACUUCCUCAACGUUCGGAACCGCCUCAACAGCCUUAUGCCUCAAGAUGCCUAAGAAACAACAACAACAACAGCAAAAACAGAGGCAAGACAAGAAUCAGCAAGAAGUCGAACUGAACCAGCUCGUCCGACACUCCCCCCUCCCUCCUCCUCACCAUCCUCAUCUCCGGUCCCGCUCCCCGUCUCCAUCCUCCCCCAAUGGUAGCACCCUUGAAUUGCCCAAUGUGCCAUCCUACCCACGCCUGCCACCAAUUGUCAGCCCCCCAUCAAAGCAGCUCAGCUCACUGUCCCGCCAGCUGUCAGGUCUCUCUAACCCAGCGUUCUUCAUUGAAGAUGACUCAGAUGUUUCAGCAAUACCCGCAGAGAGUUCUAGCCUCAGUCUGCGUCCGGCUGUCAAUGUAGAGGAUGUUGACUCAGACCAAGAGAGAGGAGCGGAAGGAGGAGCAGGAGGAGGAGGAGGAGGAGGGGAGGGACAGAGCAAUAUCCCCCAAAUCCUCACCCCCCAGGACCCCAAACUUACAACCCUCACUGUCCCUGUGACCCCCUCUGGAGGUCGUCAAAGUAAAGGAGAUAAAGAUCGGAGGCUGCACUCACAAAGUGAAGAUGAUGAUGAUGAAGGAAGCACUCCUGUCAGAGCCUGGCCCAGCCAGUCCAGCCUGCACAGCACAGAUGACAUACUGAAAGAACGUCCAGCGUCUUCAGCUAGUCAGACCAGUACAGUAGUCAAUGAGCGUCUUCAGGAGCUGGUCCGGAUGUUUAAAGAAAGAACAGAGAAAGCAAAGGAGAAACUCAUUGACCCUGACAGUUCAGAUGAAGACAGCAUCAUCCCUUCUCCUCCACCAGAUUCAGCACCUCAGCCUGCUCCUGCAGCUCGGCCAGUGAAUGGGGAUGGCAAAGAAGCGCGAGCGGGUCCUUCAGGAAGAGGAGGAGGAGGAGGAGCGGGCAGAGUGGAGAGUAGGGAGGAGGAGGAGGAGGAGGAGGAGAAGGAGGAGGAGCAGUCUAGCCGCUGCUGCAAGGUGAAAACUCCUCGGUGGAUACAAGCGUGUAUGCACUACCGCUUCCCUGCCAGCAUCGACCCUUUCACCAACCUGAUGUACGUGCUGUGGAUGUUGUUGGUCUCUCUGGCGUGGAACUGGAACGCGUGGUUCAUUCCUGUCCGCUGGGCCUUCCCCUACCAGACUCCAGACAACAUUUACUACUGGCUGCUGACCGAUUACCUGUGUGACCUCAUUUACAUCCUGGACAUCACCAUCUUCCAGCCGCGGCUGCAGUUUAUUCGUGGGGGAGACGUAGUGAGUGACAAAAAAGAUAUGAGAAGAAAUUAUAUGAAAACAAAACGCUUCAAAUUUGAUGUAGCCAGCCUUGUUCCCUUGGAGCUCUUCUACUUUAAAACAGGCAUCAACCCUCUGCUUCGCUUACCCAGGCUGCUGAAGAUCAACUCCUUCUUUGAGUUCAAUGAGCGUCUAGAGGCUAUCUUGACCAAAGCCUACAUCUACAGAGUGAUUCGUACCACCACCUAUCUUCUUUACUGUCUCCACUGCAAUGCCUGUCUGUACUACUGGGGCUCUGCCUUCAAUGGACUCGGCUCGACCAAGUGGGUGUACGAUGGCGAGGGCAAUAGUUACAUUCGCUGUUACUACUUUGCGGUGAAGAGCCUCAUCACCAUUGGUGGACUGCCAGACCCCACCACCCUGUUUGAGAUUGUCUUCCAACUCAUCAACUACUUUGUUGGGGUUUUUGCCUUCUCUAUCAUGAUUGGACAGAUGCGUGACGUAGUGGGUGCAGCCACAGCAGGUCAGACCUACUACCGCACAUGUGUGGACAACACUAUUAAAUACAUGUCCUCCUAUCGCAUCCCCAAGGACGUCCAGAACCGCGUCAAAACCUGGUACAACUACACCUGGCAAUCACAAGGCAUGCUGGAUGAGCAGGAGUUACUGACUCAGUUGCCAGAUAAAAUGCGUCUGGACAUUGCUAUAGACGUCAACUACUCCAUCGUCAGCAAAGUUCCUCUUUUUCAGGGUUGUGACAGACAGAUGAUCUUUGACAUGCUGAAGAGUCUACGCUCCGUUGUUUACCUCCCUGGGGAUUAUGUCUGCAAAAAGGGCGAGGUGGGUCGAGAGAUGUACAUCAUAAAGGCAGGGGAGGUGCAGGUGGUCGGAGGACCGGAUGGAAAGACAGUGUUUGUCACUCUCAGAGCGGGAUCGGUCUUUGGAGAGAUCAGUUUGCUUGCAGUAGGCGGGGGUAACAGGCGCACAGCAAAUGUAAUUGCCCAUGGCUUUGCCAAUCUCUUCAUCCUGGACAAGAAAGACCUGAAUGAGAUCCUAGUCCACUACCCCGAGUCCAAGAAGCUGCUCCGCAAGAAGGCCAGAAAGAUGCUUACUAAAGGAAAGAAACCUGAGCCCAAAGAAGAGGCUAAGGGUCCACCUCAGGUCCCAGCAGCCCCUGUUAGGACAGAGACCCCCAGACUGCUGAGAGCAGCCCUGGAGAUGACAGAGAAGUCCUCUGGUCUUAAAGGAGCUCUGGCAAAAAUCAAAGAGAAGACCAACAAGUCCAAUAUCUCAUUACAGCCCUCCUUCUCCUCCUCCCUGCCUCCUGCAUCUCCCACCUCCAGCUCUGGACCUGACAGAGACGUGGACACACCGUCACCCAUGUCUGCAAUCUCUGCAAUGUUUCGCUCUGCUUCCCGUUGCCGCAACAACAACAACUCUGUGAUGCCUCCCUCUGCUUCACAGUGCCACAGUGACACAGACAUCGACCAAAGAGAGGAGGGUGAUAGUGAGGUUGGAGGGAACGAAGGUGGGAAGAGGAAGGAAAAGAAGUUGUGAUAAGUCCUUAAAGGACAAGGGAAGCAGGCAGCUAUGUGGGGUGG